UUCAUUGAAGAGUUUGUAUAACGAAUUGCAACAUACAAUAAAAAGCAUAUAUUUUUACUUUGUAUGCAAUACAAAAGCGAUCCUCUACGAAUUGAAAUCCGAUGCACACAAUUUGAUCCAGGAUUCGAUCCGGCUGGUGCACCAAGUGCCUGGAACAUACAGUUCUCGUCUCGCUCCAUCAUUUGACAGCAAUUUUAUCAUUUUCUUGUAAACACCAAAGUACACACAAACUCAGUUCGGUGAAUUGUUUUUACAAGCAUUUAAGAGUAUAUUGUUUCCUUAAAAUGGCUUCACAAAAGAAUUCCAACGAGCCUCCGUCGUACGACCAAGUAAUAGCCGAGAAUUACGCUUCACAAUACGUCGUCACAAAUGGUAACACCUCAGAACCGCAUCCUUCAGCACCGACCAUAAUCACGUCAGCCGCGGCAGCACCAUCGGCAUCCUAUCCAAGGCAGGAGUACCCUCAACAGCAGCCAAUCGCUACUGCCCACACGUAUGUAACCCCUGUUGCUGGAACAGUGCCUUACUACGGGACCAUGGAUGGAAACAAAGCAGCUGUACCGAUUAUACCGCAAGUUACCAUACAAACCGGAACAGCUCCGCGUCCCGAAAUAAUAACCCAGCAGAUAAUUGUCGUGAACGGUUGUCCAGUUUGCCGGAUCGGUAUGCUGGAAGAUGACUAUUCUUGUUUGGGAAUAUUUUGCGCCAUUUUCUUCUUUCCACUCGGCAUACUGGCGUGCUUGGCACUACGUAAUCGUCGCUGUACGAACUGUGGAGUGCAGUUUUGAAGCAAAUGGAAAGGAAAUGCAAAUGGAAUGUUUUUGAAUCAUUUAUACCAAUAACCAUGCUUAUACCUAAGGGAUUGGUACUACUAAUGGUAUGUGAUAGAUCAUUAGUGAUAUGAUGAUAUAAUCAGGCGUACAAUAGAUCAGGCUUGAAAAUGAUUUACCAUGUUUACGAGUAUUGAAACGUUAUUCUUGUAAUCGGAAUUUAUUAUUAUUGAAUACCAAAAAUAAACGUUCAAACGCGA